AUGGGUUCUCUCCCUGAGCUGCGCUGGGGCAUUGUUGCCACCGGUAUGAUCGCAUCCUGGUUCGUCACCGAUCUAAGCCUACCCCGACCAGACCGACGCGCCAACCACACCAUCCAAGCCGUCGGAUCCAGCACCAAAGCCAAAGCGCAAAAGUUCGUAGAAACCCACAUCCCACCUCCCGCCCAAUCUGCCGUCACAUGCUACGGCUCCUACUCAGCGAUCUACACAGACCCAAACGUCGACAUCGUGUACAUAGCCACGCCGCACGCACUCCACAAGCAGAACUGCCUGGACGCAAUCCACGCCGGCAAGCACGUUCUCUGCGAAAAGCCAUUUGCGCUUAACGCGCGCGAAGCGGCGACGAUCAUCGCCGCCGCGCGCGAGAAAGGCGUGUUCGUGAUGGAGGGCCUGUGGACACGAUUUUUCCCGCUCGUAGAAAAAGUCCGCGACCUCCUUCACGGCGAGAAGAUCAUCGGCGAAAUCAGCCGAGUCUUUGCGGAUUUUUCGCUCGACAUGCCGCUUCAGGAUUUGCCGGCCACUUCGCGAUUGCGAGACGCUAGGCUGGGCGCCGGGUCGCUUUUGGAUAUCGGUGUUUAUGCGCUGACAUGGGGCCUGUUGUGUCUGGAGUCUCCGGGCGAUGCCUCGCGACGGCCUCGGAUUACGGCAUCGCAGAGAUUGCUGGAGGGGGUUGAUGUCGGCUCUGCUGUGCUGCUUUACUAUCCUGAUACUGGGCGGCAGGGGGUUCUUACCUCGUCGCUGCUGCAUAAGACGGAUGAUAUAUUUGCGCGAGUUGAGGGUAGUAAGGGGACUCUGUACCUGGGCGGUGAUACUGCGUCUAUGCCUGAUAGGAUUGUUGUUUCUUUGAAGCCAGUGGGCGCGGGGAAUGAUAUGGGAGAUAAGAAGGCAGGGAGUGAUGGUGUGCGGGGAUCUGAAAGGACUUUCAGAUUUGAGGAAACGUGCGGUGGAAAGGGUUUCUACUAUGAGGCUGAUGCCAUUGCGCUGGAUCUUGCUGCGGGGAAGACGGAGAGUGAGAUCAUGCCGCUUGAUGAGACGUUGAGAGUAAUGCGGUUGCUAGAUGAGAUACGAGCACAGGGCGGCGCCAGAUUCCCCCAAGACGAUGAGUGA